UGUCGGUGUCGGUGGGUGUCAUUUAACACCCCCGGAAACAUACAGAACACACACUCACAGAAGAGAAGAGGAGGAACAACCCGCAAAGAAAUCAUCAAUCAAUCAAUUAAAUAUUUAUAUAUAUCUCAGCGAUCGGAUUGGGAUUGGGAGUGAAUGGAUUCGUGGAGUAGCGUUGGGAAUCGGUGGCCAUCUUAUGACCCCCACAACUUCACCCAACUUCGUCCCAACGAUCCUUCUGCUCCUUCCAAGAAGGCACCAAUUACAUAUCAUCCAACUCAUGACCGAACUCUUCCACCACCUGACCAAGAAAAUGCUUAUAACAGCUGGAAAUGCCAAAAACAGGAAAUUGUCAAAAACCACCAGAAAGUACCAUCAUCGCUCUCUUCAUUACCACCGCUGCCUCAUGUUAUUUCCUCGGAAGCCAAAAACAUACUACUGAGGCAAUUCUAUCAGCGUGGUGACGAGAAGUUGAGACCAAAGAGAGCUGCCUCGGAGAAUUUGGCACCCAAACAAGAGUACAAGCAUCCAAGAGCUUCUGAUCCCUCGUCCUCGGAACCUCCACUAUGAGGCUUCUUGGGUAGGCACCCUUCCUUGAGAUUUCUGCAUAUUGAUGUAAAUAUCAUUUUAUGUUCUGUGGCAUUGUGUAAGUUAUGGUAGAGCAAAUUGUUUGCUUCCUGGUGUGCAAUUCAGCUACAUACAGACAUGUACACUUGCAUUUAUAUAUAGCCAGAUAGUUGCAUAUGGAAAACAAAAUGCUCGGCUUGUGUUUUCAUUGAUAUGCUGUAGGUCAGCAGGCGUUGGGUUAAUGUUCUACUAUAUUUUGUUAUGUGUUGGAACGUGGAACAUUGGAUUUAGUAAAACACAAUGUUCUGUGAA